AUGUUCAACAGUGAAUGCCCCAAACAUGAGGAUGAAACAGUGUGCUGUUGUAAAAGUUCCAAAAGGGAUUGCCGUAUGUUGUCCGUAACAAAUUAUAUUCUUGCACUGAUAUUUUAAAAUUAAAAACAUAGAAACAAACAACGCGGGGGUUUUAGCCGAUAGGAUCGGACGUCCGUUAAGUGGGCAGUCACAAGAAUACAUUUAAUUAGUUUUUUUGCUCAUCAGCGUGUUGUAAGUACAGGAUAGCAACUAUAAACCAUUUUGUUUCAACUAAUUUUCAACACUUUUUUUACUCGGUUCCAACGUGUUUAAGGUGGCUGCACAUUUCUUUUGGCGUUGGUGGGAGAGGGGCUUGUUGGAGGAAAACUCGUCUUUGCUGGCGAGUCUUAUGCGAGCCAGCGCACUAUUCUCUACAAUAGCUUUAUUUUAUGUUAGUUUUGCUUUUGCUCCAUAGGACUGUAAAUAGUGGGAUUAGCGACUUGUACCCUGCAGGCUUUAUUUUGUAUGUAACAUUUUUUUUAACUCAUAUUCACACAGAUGCUUGGACGACAGCAACAGCAACACCAACAACAACACUCUUAUCACAGUCAUACACACCGAUAACAGAGAAGUCAUCAACUACAUCAUCACCUUCAACCAUAUCCUCAUUGAUAACAAAAACAUCUGCAAUAUCAUCAUCAUCAACGACACCCAUAUCGACAUCGUUAACAGAAAAGUCAUCACCUACACCAUCACCGUUACAGAUAUCAUCAUUGAUAACAAAACCACCACCGACAUCAUCAUCAUCGAUGACACUCGUAUCAACACUGAUGACGCAAACAUCAACAACAGUACCAUCUUCACCAUCGUCCAUACCAACAAUGACAGAAACAUCGACAACUGCAUUAUCACCGUCACCUGCGCAAUCAUCGAUAGCAGAAACAGAAAAAACAUCACCAUCUUCAACGUCACCUAUACUAUCUUUGAUAACAAAUUCAUCGGCAGUGACAGCAUUAAUACCAUCAACAAAACCGCCAGCACCACAAUCAGAAAUACCACAACCAUCUGAUUGGAAUAUAUUGGUGAGUUAUGGUGGAUUGUUCAUAACUAGAGAUUUAUAUGGAAAACACAAGCAUGAUAAAAACGCAGCAAAUUAUUUCACCUCAGAUUCGCGCAAUUUGCUAGAGAGCAUAUGAACUGAUAGCUCACAAGAAAAGGUGCGAAUGUUAAUAAAAAGUUGAUAGAUCAGGAGGAUGCUUGCCUUCUGUGAUAUUGGUUAUGGCAUUUGAGAGUCGUCUCCCGUUAUUGAGGCAGCAGAUUAAGAACAAAAGUUAGUUUCCUACGGGACUGAAGGGCCCCCAAUAGCGCAGUGCGCGAACUGAAUUUCUUAGAAAACAACUGUAAUAAUUUCGAUUGAUGCGCAUCAUGAGAACCAUAGAACGGUAGAAAAGGAAGGAAUAAAAGAUGGUGAAAAAAAAUCAAUUAAUUAUGUCUGAAUGUUCAAAGAGGCUGCUGGGUGCCAGUUAAGACAAGAAAGUUAUAAAUCAAGGUCGAUCAGGAACAAUUAUAAACGAUCGCUUUGUCGAUCAGUUUUGCCAAAGAAGAGUUCUCAACUCGGUAAAAGAUAUAAGCUGGCUGAUAACAAGAUUGCCUCUUUAAUGAGGGGAUUUUUUUUCUAGGCCCACAAACCAGUGCAAGUUAACGUCACCGGGGAUUCAGGUAGCUCCGAGGUGUUUGAAUAGGAAGCGAACGCGGUCCGCUAACGCUAUGACAAGUUUACCCCAUUACUAUGUGUUCGAUAUUUUUCAGCUACUGUACAGUCCGUUAAAGAGCGAGGUAUCUGCAAAUAAAGGCGAAAGUUUACUGGGUCCAAAAUUAAUAGUAAAUGCUAAUGUCAGUAGUGAAAUACUAUGGGAAAAAAAAUGGGUUUCACAAAACUUUACACUUUCCUUUGCAGGUAUCUCAGUACUCUUCAUCUAUUAGGGCUCUCAAUAUUAGCAACAAAGGUUCCUUAAAGGUGAAGUCUUAUCUACUACAAAUAAUUAACUUGAUGCCUAAGUUGACUACGGCCUUGAUCACUGGCUUAUUAAUUUCGCAUGUAUUUAUUGAUCAUUUUUAUUCUUGAAAUGAAGCACUCAAGCAUGAAAAAAAUUUAGUCCGUUUUUUCAAGAUGAUUUCUUUCUGAUUUGAUGUCGGAAGGGAAAAAGAAUGAUUAAUUUGUUUGGUCCUUUUAGCUAAUAACACUAAGCCGGUCAAAGACAGUCAUUCAGAUAUUGAUAGACAGUUGACAAGGUUCAAUAUAAACUUCAUAUAUUCAUGAUAAAGAAUAGAUGGUCUUUCAGCGGCAUAUCUUCUGUAAUCCAUUUUACCUUUUUUUUUUUCUUCUUUUUCACAGGAAGCAAUCAAUGCAACCAGAAUUUUUUUAGAAGAUUUAGAAAAACUACCGCCUGGAGGAAAUGACAUAAAUAUACUGCUAGCUACUCACGAACUCGAAUCAUUUGCAAUUAAAUACGGCAAGACUCAUCUCACAGCGAAUGAAAGCGCAGUUACUGUGCAAAAAUUGUUUGGUGAGUUUUCUGUUCUGUUUGAUGAGCCAGGUUUUUUUUUUUUUUUUUUUUUUUUUUUU